AUGGACGAUUUCGAAAGACGGCCCAAUCCGCCCGGCUGGGUUCCGCCCAAGGCGCCGUACAACCCCUACGACCCGUCGGACCUGCGCCCGGCCAAGGGAUACCCCAGCGAGUUCAGCACGCCUGGCAAGCUGAAGGAGAACUCGGGCACCUUGGCUCAAGAUGUGGGGGAUUUUUCGAAAUUGAGGAUUGACAUGAAAAAGCUGCAGUAUUUCCCACGGCCGGCCUCUGAGCUGUAUCCCGGAAGGUACAAGGUUCUUCGCCGCGUGAACUACACAAGCAAGUUCGAAAGAGGGGCCAGAAUGACAGGAAUAUCGCUGAUGGUGGGGUUUACCGUGCUAGGCGUGUUCUUCUUCAGAUGGAACGACUACGACCACGUUCUGGCACCCUUCAGGCGCAUGCAGCUCCGUGCAAAGGAGUGGAUUUUGGGCGAGCUGGACGAUCAGGACUAUAGAGACCUGUAUCACUACGAUAGGGCCAGAACCAUCCCCCAGAAACCGCUGCCGUCGAUCGUGUACGAGAAAAAUCAGGAAAACGAGCUCGUGCAUGCGCAGGACGGCAACGAGUUUGUCAAAGACCGGUUCGGAGUCAAACACGUGGUGCAGGCAGAAAAAGUGAGACAGAGUAGAGAAGAGACCUUGAUGAGGGCGCUGGACACGGCGCAGGCAGAGCUGGAGACGCGCCAGGAAGGGACAGAACGGAAAAAGUGGUGGAAAUGGAGCUGA